AUGAUUCUCGACGAUAUGGUGACCCUCAAGGACCGACUCUGUUUGAUAAAAUGGGGUUGGUACUCAAUUUCUAUGGCUACUGGAGGCAUCGCUGUUCUCCUCUCCCGCACGCCUCACCAAUUUACCGGACUGGAGAUCAUCGGCAAGAUUAUUUACAUCUUCAACUUGGCCGUCUUUCUCGCGAUCACAGCAUGUAUGGCCGUACGCUUCAUUUCUAGACCAACCGCCCUCAAAGAGUCAUUCCGAGAUGGCAACGAAAGUUAUUACGCGCCCACACUCCUACUAGCUAUCGCGACUAUCAUCCUCGGAGCAGAAGGUUACGGAACGAGCGCCUGCGGCCCCUGGCUCCAGGUUGCCCUCCGAAUCGUCUUCUGGAUCUACACCGCAAUUUCCACGCUCUCAGCGAUAUUCCACAACUGGUACCUGUACCAUCUAACAAUGGCUAGCCAGCAACCUUUUCCAAUCGCCCAGCUACUGCCCUCUUUCCCAGCCAUGCUUUCCGGCACGAUUGCAUCAUCUAUUGCGGGCACUCAACCCCGAGACCAAGCACUGCCUAUUCUCAUUGCAGGUGUUACAUUGCAAGGCUUCGGUUUCAUCAUGUCUUUACUCAUUUACGGCGAAUACCAUUAUUUCCUUGCCAAACACGGUCUUCCAGAACGGGCUAAACGGCCACAGAUGUUUAUUGCUGUCGGACCGUGGAGUUUUACUGCUCUUGCAUUGAUUGGAAUGGCAAAGGAGGGGGUGAAAGCUUUCCCAUCGCGAUAUAUAAUUUCAUACGCAGAUCCCAUAUCUGCCGAAAACGUCACUGUAAGCACUAGUGAUAUUGCACUGGUGAUUGCUUCGUUCUUUGCUAUUUUUGUUUGGACGAUGGCGUUCUUCCACCUGUGCGUCGCUGCUAUUAGUGUUUUGGCUUCUACUAGAAUGUUUGGAGGUACGGGGGCUCCUCCUAUGUCGGUUGCGUAUUGGGCUAUGGUAUUCCCCAAUACGGGAUUUAUUAUAGCUACAAUUAGCAUCGGGCAGGUGUUGCAGUCACCGGCUAUCUUGUGGGUCGCUUCGGUUCUGACUGUGUUGCAAGUUAUAAUGUGGUUGGGUGUGGGAAGUGCUACCAUUCUUGCAGUUGCAAGACGCCAGAUGUUAUGGCCGGAGGAUGCCAAGAGAGGGAUUGAAGACAAUUUUGGAUGA